GUUCUAGCCAAUAAGAAGGAGACUAAGGUUCUGGGCUGAAAGGUCAGUGCCCAUAUAUAUAUGCCUGUGGGAUGCUGAAGCCGGUUACACUUCUUCAGGAGAAGGCUCCUGCAUGGGAAGCUUUGAAGAUCAUUCUGAAGAUUAUAUAGGAGACAGUGUAUCAACAGUAUAUCAAGAAUCUAAUUACCGAGUUCAUCCAGAGAAAAAGCCAGGAGUGCUCUCAUGUAACUCUACUAGUGUUUUCUUUGAGGAGGAUAAAGAAAGAUUCUGUUUUUAACAACCAUAAAGUAGAUAGCUUAGUCCAAAGAAUACAUUUUGGAGGAUGUCACUGAAUACCCCUUCCAGUUCAGUGCCCAGUAACACCAGUCGCUUUCAAGUCAAUGUCAUAAAUGAGAGCCAUGACAGCUGUGCCUCUGUGAGCGACAGCACCGACCCGCCACACUAUGAAGAGACCUCUUUUGGGGAUGAGGCCCAAAGCAGACUGAGAAUCAGCUUUCGGCCUGGAAAUCAGGAGUGCUGUGACAAUUUCCUCCAAAAUGGAGAAACUGCUAAAACAGAUGCCAGUUUUCAUGCCUAUGAUUCUCACACAAAUACAUACUACCUACAAACCUUUGGCCACAACACCAUGGAUGCUGUCCCCAAGAUUGAGUACUACCGCAACACUGGCAGUGUGAGUGGGCCCAAGGUCAACCGGCCCAGCCUACUGGAGAUCCACGAACAGCUUGCCAAGAAUGUGACCGUGGCCCCUGGCUCAGCUGACAGGGUGGCUAAUGGUGAGGGGCUGCCAGGAGGUGAACAAGCUGACCACAAGGAAGAAGACACAGCUGGCGUGGUGAAGUUUGGAUGGGUGAAAGGUGUGCUGGUAAGAUGCAUGUUGAAUAUCUGGGGAGUCAUGCUCUUCAUUCGCCUCUCUUGGAUUGUUGGAGAAGCUGGAAUUGGUCUUGGAGUCAUCAUCAUUGGCUUGAGUGUAGUGGUGACCACACUCACAGGUAUUUCAAUGUCUGCUAUUUGCACAAAUGGAGUAGUACGUGGAGGUGGUGCCUACUACCUGAUCUCCAGGAGCUUAGGGCCAGAGUUUGGUGGGUCAAUAGGCUUGAUCUUUGCUUUUGCCAAUGCAGUGGCCGUUGCUAUGUAUGUGGUGGGAUUUGCUGAGACUGUGGUAGAUCUUCUUAAGGAAAGUGAUUCAAUGAUGGUGGAUCAAACCAAUGAUAUCCGAAUAAUAGGCUCCAUCACAGUGGUGAUUCUUCUAGGAAUUUCAGUAGCUGGAAUGGAAUGGGAAGCAAAGGCUCAAGUAAUCCUUCUGGUGAUCCUUCUCAUCGCUAUUGCAAAUUUCUUCAUUGGCACUGUCAUUCCAUCCAACAACGAGAAGAAAUCUAGAGGUUUCUUCAAUUAUCAAGCAUCAAUAUUUGCAGAAAACUUUGGGCCAAGCUUCACAAAGGGUGAAGGUUUCUUCUCUGUCUUUGCCAUCUUCUUCCCAGCCGCUACUGGGAUUCUUGCUGGUGCCAACAUCUCAGGAGACUUGGAGGAUCCACAAGAUGCCAUCCCUAGAGGCACUAUGCUGGCCAUUUUCAUUACUACUGUUGCCUACAUCGGUGUUGCUGUUUGUGUAGCGGCCUGUGUGGUCCGAGAUGCCACUGGAAGUAUGAAUGAUACCAUCGUUGCUGGGAUGAGCUGCAAUGGGUCCGCAGCCUGUGGGUUGGGCUAUGACUUCUCAAGAUGUGAACAUGAACCAUGUCAGUAUGGCUUGAUGAACAAUUUCCAGGUCAUGAGCAUGGUGUCAGGGUUUGGCCCCCUCAUCACUGCAGGGAUCUUUUCUGCAACGCUGUCCUCAGCUCUGGCCUCCCUUGUCAGUGCACCCAAAGUGUUCCAGGCUCUGUGCAAGGACAACAUCUUCAAAGGACUGCAAUUCUUUGCAAAGGGAUAUGGGAAAAACAACGAACCCCUGAGAGGAUAUUUGCUCACUUUUGUGAUAGCCAUGGCAUUUAUUCUUAUUGCGGAACUGAACGUCAUUGCUCCCAUCAUCUCCAACUUCUUCCUGGCCUCAUAUGCACUUAUUAAUUUCUCCUGUUUCCAUGCCUCUUAUGCCAAAUCUCCAGGAUGGAGACCUGCAUAUGGAAUUUACAACAUGUGGGUAUCUCUUUUUGGAGCUGUUUUGUGCUGUGCAGUCAUGUUUGUCAUCAACUGGUGGGCAGCUGUCAUCACCUAUGUCAUUGAGUUAUCCCUCUAUAUCUAUGUUACUUAUAAGAAGCCAGAUGUGAACUGGGGCUCAUCCACACAGGCGCUUUCCUAUGUGAGUGCUUUGGACAAUGCUCUGGAGUUGACCACAGUGGAAGACCAUGUAAAAAACUUCAGACCCCAGUGCAUUGUCUUAACAGGGGGACCCAUGACAAGACCUGCUCUCUUGGAUAUAACUCAUGCUUUUACCAAGAACAGUGGCCUUUGCAUCUGCUGUGAAGUCUUUGUGGGACCACGCAAGCUGUGUGUUAAGGAGAUGAACAGUGGCAUGGCGAAAAAACAGGCCUGGCUUAUAAAGAACAAAAUCAAGGCUUUCUAUGCUGCAGUAGCAGCAGACUGUUUCAGAGAUGGUGUCCGAAGUCUCCUUCAGGCCUCAGGCUUAGGAAGAAUGAAGCCAAAUACUCUAGUCAUUGGAUAUAAAAAGGCCUGGAGGAAAGCUCCCUUGACAGAAAUUGAGAACUACGUGGGAAUCAUACAUGAUGCAUUUGAUUUUGAGAUUGGUGUGGUCAUUGUCAGAAUCAGCCAAGGCUUUGACAUCUCUCAGGUUCUUCAGGUACAAGAUGAAUUGGAGAAACUGGAACAAGAAAGGCUGGCUCUUGAGGCCGCCAGCAAGGAUAGUGAGGGGGAAGAAGGGCAUGGGGGCAUCCGAGGCUUGUUUAAAAAAGCUGGAAAAUUGAACAUCACUAAACCAACUCCUAAAAAAGACAGCAGCAUCAACACCGUCCAGUCGAUGCAUGUUGGGGAGUUCAACCAGAAACUGGUGGAAGCCAGCACUCAAUUUAAAAAGAAGCAAGGGAAAGGCACAAUUGAUGUUUGGUGGUUAUUUGAUGAUGGAGGGUUAACACUUCUUAUCCCCUAUAUCUUGACUCUAAGAAAAAAGUGGAAAGACUGUAAAUUAAGAAUAUAUGUCGGAGGAAAAAUCAACCGCAUUGAAGAAGAAAAAAUUGCAAUGGCUUCUCUUCUGAGCAAAUUUAGGAUAAAAUUUGCAGACAUCAAUAUCAUUGGUGACAUCAACAUUAAGCCAAACAAAGAGAGCUGGAAAGUCUUUGAAGAGAUGAUUGAACCAUAUCGGCUCCAUGAAAGCCACAGAGACUUAACCACAACUGAAAAAUUAAAAAGAGAAAGUCCAUGGAAAAUUACAGACUCAGAGCUGGAAGCAGUCAAGGAAAAGAGUUAUCGCCAAGUUCGACUGAAUGAGCUCCUGCAGGAGCACUCAAGAGCCGCCAACCUCAUCGUCCUGAGCCUCCCAGUGGCAAGAAAAGGAUCCAUAUCGGAUUUGUUGUAUAUGGCUUGGUUGGAAAUACUGACAAAAAAUCUCCCUCCUGUCUUACUGGUCAGAGGAAAUCACAAAAAUGUCCUGACAUUUUACUCUUAAGACACAAAAGAUGAGAAUAUGUUGUAACUUGAUGUACAAAUAAUUAAGAAAUAUGUCUAGUUAUUUGUGUUGUAAAAUCUCAUCCAUAAAUAUACAAACCUCUGGAGGCUAUCCCAGAGUCUACAUGAAUUUUGAGUUCUUCAAAAAUUAGUUUUACUUAAUGAAAAGCUUUGUUUUUGUUUUUAUUUUUCUGUCAGCUUAAGGGAACAUCAAAAAUAGUGCUACUCCUACAAAAAAUGUUUUUGCCAUUGUUGUUAAUAAGAAAUUAUACUCAGGAAAACACCAGCUUGGUUGUGAGCUCCUCCAGAUGAACUCGGUGUCAUAUGUCUGUGGGGUUCGCUACUGGCCCCUGGCGGAGGCCUCAAUUCCACGGCAGGUUCUCCAGAAAUGCGUAUGACAGGCUGGCACGGGGACAGUGGGUGUUUAUAGGGAAAGGACCAACUGGGUCAGUGGCAUCUUUCUGCCUGGCCUCCAGAGAGGCUUAUGCCUUCAAAGAUUUAAAAAUCAAUAACUGAAGACUUUAAAAACGACUUGAAUCUACAAAUCUUGAAAGCAGUUACAUAACUAAGGAUUAUUUAACGUAGCAGAUAAUAUACUUAGGCUGUGCUAUGAGCAACCACUGAUAACGUACAGCUUGAGUUUGCUGAUGACAGAAAGGACAGUAACUAGGGGAGAAGGCAACAUGCAUUCCAAUUAAAUGAAAUUUAGUCUAUUCUUGAUAUAUAAUUAUUAACUGUCUUCCCUGCUAAACAUUUUACAAUUUCUGUCAUGGUACUAUUUUGCAUAUUUUUCUUCUAAUUAAGUGGUUAGCACAGAUAAAAUGAAUAUGAGAAAAGAUGAAAGGAAAUACCACAAAUUUUCAAACCACUAUUAAGUAUAUCCUGAAUCAUACAUUUAGUUACUUUUUAUAGUGAUUAUAUGAACAUACAAACUAAAUAAAUUGUGAAGAAACUUGCAAACUUUGAAUGACACAGAUAUUGAUAUUUUCAUUUUUGUUAGAAUAUCUAUGAUACUUAAUCACACUGACAAUCCAACCCAAAAAUAUUUUUCUGAUGAAUAAUUUGAUUUUUUUCUCACAUAUUUUGACUGUUCUGAGAAAAUAUGGGAAAAAUCAUCCUGAAAUAAAAACAAUGAAAUUUC